AUGGAACCUGUACCGGAUCAUAACGUGAAAAAUGUCCUGGUGCUAGGAGGAAGCUAUGGAGGCUCGCAUGCUGCGAUGGUGCUCGCCCGAAAAUUACCGCCCACUCAUCGAGUGAUUUUGAUCGAGCGCAACACACACUUUAAUCACCUCUACGUGUUCCCGCGCUACAACAUUGUACCCGGCCAUGAACACAAAGCAUUUAUACCAUACACUUCCAUCUUUUCUGACGCACCGGUUCGUGGGCGCCGUCUGAAAAAGGCGGCCUCGUCUGGGCCGGACCGCGUCGCAACACAAAGCAAGGAAGACGAAUCGGCCAGCCAGGCUCGUGGUGAUACCCAUGCCAUUUUCAUGAAUGUGAGCGAUCUGAUCUCAAACAAUCUUCAUGUCGGCUCGGCGCAAGCGCAUAAACCGACCGCCACCGCGGACCCGAACGAAGAAGAUGUGGCGAGUGAUCCGUACGCAUACGCAGAGCCGCAUCUUGUGGUGUGUGGGCAGGUCGAGAGGAUUCGCGACUCGUACGUGACUGUCAAGCAGAAUCCCAGCGACUCGAGCGCGAAGCAUCCGCUUUGGUCACUGGACACAAUUGAUAUUCCCUACACGCAUCUUGUGUAUGCUCUUGGCUCGCACAUGCCGGACCCACUGCGACACGAAACGUACACAAAGAAGGAAGGCAUUGCAUGGAUGAAAGUGAAUCAAAAGCGCAUCGAUGCAAGUCGAGAUAUUAUCAUCAUUGGCGGCGGCGCCCUUGGCGUCGAAAUGGCCACGGACAUCGCCAGUCAGUGCAAGAAGCGUGGCACGUCGAAGAACAUUACCCUGAUUCAUUCACGACAGCAACUCCUACCCAACUUUGAUGUCCGCAUUCAUGAAAUCGUGCACAAAGAGCUGUUGGACCUCGGCGUUCAUGUCGUGUUGGGCCACCGCCUAGCGACGGCCGAGGGAUGCCCGUUGGGCAGCAACAUUCGUCAGAUCGCCGACACGUCAAUGGCGUCUGACGUGCCCAAGGACACAAUGGAUACGAUCGCCAGUGCUCCGCGUCAACAGGUGCGCACCACGCUGGGCCUUGAGCUUGAGUGUGAUCUGCUGCUCAUGUGCACGGGUCAGCAUCCGAAUUCAGAGAUCAUGGCCGAGUUUUCCCCAGGCAGUGUGAAUCCCGACUCGCGUCUAGUGCGCGUCUUGCCAAGUCUCCAGGUCAUGCAGCCGACACCUGAAGAGGCUGUGCCCCAGCCCUUUUCCAUGGUGCCCCCAUGCAUUGACUGCGACUGUUUUCUCGACAAAAAGUCGGAGGGACUGCAUCGCACGGUAGGUGAGGGUCACUCGAUGCCGCCCCAUUUUAAGAACAUAUAUGCCAUUGGCGACGUCGCAGAUGCUUUUGGCGCCCUCAACGCUGGAUAUCAGGCAUGGUUCAUGGCCGAAGUCGCCGCAGAAAAUAUCCUGCGCGACAUUCUGCGCGUCAGGUCAACGAAGGAGUCGGAUGAUGGGCCACUGGCGCCAACGGACACCAUUCCGCUGGACUCGUUCAAGCCCGGUCCGCCCCUGCUCAAGCUGUCGAUUGGGCUGGACAAGCUGCUUGUACAGGGCGCUCCUGAACGCGACACGUCCGUUCCGGGCGAGCCUGUGCGGCCAACCAUCACUAUGAAUGCCAAGCAAAGUGAGGACAUGGAGCCGACGCAUGCUUGGCGCAUGGCUCUCGCCGAUACGUCAGACUUGCACGCAUAA